AUACGAUCCACCAUUUGAGAAUUUACAUUCUUUUCCAAAGCAUGUUCUUAAUAAAUCGGUCUUUCUUACUUCAGAGUGUAAUAUACAAGAUUAUGUCAUGGUCACUUACUCUGAUCUCCUUUAUAAGUAUCACCAGUUUUAUUAUCUAUGAUAUUGCAGUGAUAAAAAAUAAUGAUAUUAAAGGCUACAUUCAUAUAGCCGAAGGAGUGGCUGGUCUGUUAAUUAUACGGAUAGCAGUAGCCACUAGAUAUACCACAGUGUUUUUCGAUGAAGUAAAGGAAUUGGACGAAAAAUUUGGAUUCUUCGAAGACCAAGAAAUCAGUAUUAGAAACAACAUUACUUCAGCUGUAUUUUUCUCAUUAAUAUCGUUGGCUAUAGAUGGAAUAACAUUAUUGAUUUUGAGGUUUCCUACACGUUUUGUUAUUUUAGUAACGGUUGCGUUUUGUGUCCAAGAUACAGAAUUGGCUUUUUACGCGAUGAUUGCUGAUAACUUUAAUACGAGGUUGAAUAAAUUGAUAGAUAAAGAUCCUGUUAUAGGUUCUCAAGUGUAUAGGCAGUUGCUUGCAGCGACUUUUAGUUUCUCUAAGCCGUUUCAUUCACAGAUUGUAACAAUAGUGUCUAUAAUUAAAUACACGAGUAUUGUGUACGCUGUUAUAGCGUUCAUAGCUAAGGGUGCAAUGGUGGAAUUACUUCGCUUUUACUUCGUGUGGCGAGAAAUUAAGACUCUAUAUUCUUUAUGGCUAAUGUGUUACGCAGCAGGAGGGACCAACAAGAUCUGUGAAAAGCUACUGUUUUGUCUCACUGAGAAAUUGGUACUGCUGGAUAUGGAUAAGGAUGCUCAAUGGCUUACGAAGCGCUGGUACCGCUCUGUGCAGUCAAUACAACCGAGCUUAACAGAGGCCGUGCCUAUUGUCAAAUUGAAUUUACCUUUGAAAAUAUGUGACUGGACCUUUCAAUAUCUCAUCAUGAGUGUACAGAUUUAUUUAUCUACAAUUGAUCCCACGAAGAAAAAUUCAACGUAGUCAUGUUCAUGUACAUUAGGUUGAAUUUAUCAAGAUUGUGAAAGAGAAAUCAUCCUUAUUUACCCUGACAAUCCUGUUUGUAAAGCUAACCUA